AUGUUGUCUGCAGAAUGGAUGCAGCAGAAAAAUAUUGAACACAAGCAAAAAAUAGAGGAGCUCACUGCACUGUGUACGGAACUCAAAGAGGAACUUGCGAGAAAGGAACUGAAAGAAUAUGAACAAGACGUUCGUAUUCGGGAUUUGAAGACUCAGCUGAAAGAGCUUAGUGAUGUUGAGGACAAACUAUCUCUUGCGAAUCGAAACGCAAGAGUUCUCGAAGAGGAGAAUAAUUCUUUAUUGCUGAAGCUGAAGUCAGGUGAGCUUGAAAAAAAAGCCAGAACAAUGGUACGUGCAGAGGCCAUGAAAUUAAUUGAGGAAAACAACCAUUUGCGAUCGGAUAUUGAUGAGCUUCGUACCUCAAAUAACAAAGUUAUUCAAAGAGAACACCAGCUUGAGCAUAGGUGUAAAUUCCUUACCGAGGAACAGGAAAAAGCGGAUGCUCAAAUCCUUAGCCUGAAGAAGAAAAACACUGAAAUUGAGGAUCGGUUCAGGGAAGAGCAGCACCAAUGGGCACUUGUAAAGGAGGCUUGGGAAGCUGAAAGAACGCGUUACAUUCAAGAUUAUGAGGAAUUACUCGCGUCCAUUCAACGGUUUGAUGGUUCAACGCAACAGCGAGAAUGCCGAGAUAUAAAGGAACGCGGCAAUGAACAACAGCUUCAACAAGCUCUUCUGAAAGAGGAUAUCGCCGAGCUUGAGGAAAAAAUGCGUCUUGCUGAAGAUCGCUUUCGAGCGAAAGAGAAGGAGUGGUGUCGACUUGAAUCUGCUCUUCGAUGUGAAAUUGACUCCUUGAAGAAUAAUAAUAAUCAGGGAGAUAAGGACGUUUAUCACGCUUUUCAGGAACAGUUGGCUUCUUUCAAACAGGAAGUCACGGCUUUUAGAGGAGAACGUAGGAUAAGUCGUGUUCCAUUAAGUUUUCCUAUGAGAUGCGCCCCAAAUGAUGACGAAGAUGAGCGUAUCAGUGAACUUGAAACGGAACUACAAACGAAUACAAGCCGAAUUAAAACACUUGAAGAGAUUAAUGAUAAUCUGAGUCAAAAGAAUAUGGAGGUUUCAAAAGAAAAUGAGUUACUUCGAGAAGAAAUUGAAAAUCUUCAGGACAAAUGUUCUCGUAUGGAAGAUCGCUCAAGUGAACGUGAGGUUCGUAUAAAGGAACUAGAAGUGCUUCUCGCGUCUGCCAAAAAAAACACUAUGUUGUCCGUGGUUUCUGACAUUGAGCAUGGAACCAAACGCGAAAAGGUUUCAGAUUUCGAAAGUGAUGAUGUUUUGAGAGAAAAUGAACAGCUACGCGCGACGUUACGGCAUUAUGAACGGCAACUUACAGAUUUAAAGUCUUCCCAUGCAGAACAACUUGCUUUUCAAGAGGCUCGCCAAAAUGGCCAACUGGCACAAAUUGAAGAGCUUUUGCGCAAAAGUGACGGCACUCGAUUACGUUUUUCAGAACAUAAUUCGUUAAAAGCACCUCCUGCAGAUCGCUUCCAUGAGAUACAGGAUUUCAUAUUAAACGAAAAUGAGCAAUAUCAGAGAAAGAAAGUUGGAAUGGAUCCUGUUCUGAUCAAUAAAUUUACAAAGGAUAAGCUCGACUGCGUGGAUGAGGUGAUGCGUGCUCUUGAGGAUGCAUGGGCGAGUGAAGAUGAGUCCAAGAGAAAAAUCAAAAAAUUACGUCAUGAAAACGCUGAACUUGUCGCUGCAAUCGCAGGUGUUGAACAACGGGGAAAAGAAGAUGAAUUGCGUAGAGAUACACAACAUUUUGAUCCUCGAGAAGAACAAUGUCAAAAAGAUGUCCAUCCGUACCAAGCUGGAAAAGAGCAUCUUACGGAGCAGCUUUAUAGCUUGCAGUAUGAAAAUAAGCUCAAGGACGACAAAAUCAAUGAUCUUCAGGCCCGUUUAGUUGAGUUGGAAAAUCGGUUUAAAAAUGAUAAAGAUCUUUUGCGAAGACAAGAGGGCAUAUCGAAGGAAAAUGAAAUUGAACAAAGAAUGAGGGAACUUGAGGCGGCUAUUGUAGAGAAGGAAGCUGAUCCAAGUGGAAUUUCAAAAUCAAGAGAUAAACGAAUUCAAGAAUUAAAUACUCAGUUGGCAACAAUGCGGGAGGCAAAUGACGGGCUGUGGAAGCAACUCGUGAAUCUUCAAGAGAAAAAGACAGCAAGCCAAGGACGGCCCUCAAGCGGACGCAAUUCUCGCACACCUCGAGGAAGUGCAAGACGUCAUUCGGUGGAGCAUUUGACUUAUUCUCAACCAUCUACUCAAUUGUCUGAAGAAAGAAGAAGGGCUGUGGUUGCAGAUGGAGCGCAUCUUGCCGUUACAAUUGUUGAAUUGUCCGAUGUAAUGAGAAAUGGCAAGCCAAUUACUGAACCUGGAUAUGUCAUUAUAAAGGGAAAAUCGGUAAAGGAAAAGUACAAGACGUCUGUCAAAGAAUUGGCAUCAGUUAUACGGUUUGAUGAAACAUUUGUUUUUUACCUUGCUCAGCCCGAUGAGGAUGUGAUAACGCUUCAUGUCUAUUACAAGGCGAAGAACAGCUCACGCGAAUACCAUGUUGGUGAUGCUUGUUUCACAAUGGCUUCUUUAUAUAGGGGCGUUCCUCGACAACGUCUUGCUAUCGUGGCCCAAAAUCCUGGGACGAAGGAUGCACGAAGGUCAGCUCAAGUUGAGGUUAUCAUGCAAAGUGAUGAUUUUGGAAAAAUGACCGUUCCUACGGAAGCAGAGAUUGAAGACGAAAAACUGCGAUUCAAUGAACUUUUGAAAAGAAUGGAAAUAAGCUCCCCAGAAAAUUUGCAUUGUGUUGAUGUUUUGAUGGCCGCAAACACCAUUCCGUAG